AAAUUUUACUGACGUACUUAGUUAAAACAGAUAUACGGAUUUACUGUGUGAUUCUAAUGCUUUUGCUAAUCUGACCUACAAAUAUCAGGUUAGGAUCAUGUUUAAUGUUCGAAUUAUUGACUUAUUGAUAUGUCAUAUGUUUUCGCGACCUUAAACAUAGUCGUAAAUCGUCUACCACAGCUAGACUGGAUUCGACUAAACGGUCUCUUUCUAUUUCCUUAAAUUAUUCUACUGAAAUAGAAUAAAUAAUUCAUGAAUCUAUUGCAGGAAAAAAACUUGAGUAUCCCUUUUAUAACAGUAUUGGAUUCAUUAAAUGGAAAGUUAGAGAUGUUAGAACAGGCAAAUUGUGAUCUAAAUCUGUGGGAAAAUAUGAUUGUAAGCUAAACAUACUAAUACGGUUCAUAAAAGUGAUCUUGAUCAUGUAUAACAUAUUAUUUAGUUGGAUUAUAGUUCAGACGUUUGUAACUUCGUACGGUCAAACGUACGGUGAGAUGGAUACAUUGUUAGGGCAUUUAUUCAAUGCGUCAAGAUACAACACAUAUCUCAGGCCUUUGCGGAACCAGAGUCAAGUGAUGAUGGUAAACUUUACUCAGUAUAUAAGCAGCAUAGACUUUUUUGACAUCACAUCAGGAGAGCUGCAAAUCACUGGAUUUUUCGAAAUAACAUGGACAGAUGACUUUCUUACAUGGAGCCCAUCUUUGUACGGAGGUAAAGAAAUGCUAUCCUUACCAACUGGGACAUUCUGGAAACCGGAAUUUUCAUUAACAAAUGGACCCGCAAAUGAUAAAUCGUCAAUUUAUAACAGCGGGUUUUAUCCGACCUGGGUCUCCUACCAAGGAUCAGUUAUUAUGAUUCCAGGAGGCAGUUAUAAGACAAAAUGUAACGUUGAUCCCACGUUUUACCCUUUUGAUAUACAUAAUUGUAACUUUCAAUUCAUUGUGUCAAACCAUGAUUCUGCUGAACUUAUGCUAAUUUCACAGACAGGCGAUAUCAAUUCAAGCAAUCUAACAGAAAACGGUGAAUGGGAAAUACAAAAUAUAGACGUGAAGGUUGUACUUCUGAAGGAAGAUAACAUCAAACUGUCAAUUCCAAUGUUGCAAGCUUCUUUUUCUCUGAAAAGAAGACCGAUAUACGAAAUAGUAAACGUAUAUGCACCUAUAUUGCUGAUGUCUUUUCUGAAUAUUGUAACAUGUUUCGUUCGGCCUGACUCUGGUGAAAGAUUGACUUUUGCAGUAACGUUGUAUUUAUCUUUGGUUUUCGCGACAACAGCGGCAAUUGAAAAAAUUCCGAAGAACUCACUGAAAAUGCCUAUUAUGUCAUACGAAUUUCUAUGUAAUAACUGCAUUAAUACGAUUGGGGUGACAUGGAGUAUAUUUAUCGUACAUCUGGCAAGUAAGUCAAAAGUGCAACAGCGACUUCCACAUUUUCUUGUAAAAAUGGUGAUGAAGAAGAGACGAAGAAAGACGUACGAUUCGGAACUGCAACCUGACUGCAAAUCGGAAGUAAAAAGUGAAUCAUCGGAUGACGAUAAUUUCUUUGACGAAAACAAAGCCAAUCCAAAACAGCAAAAAGUAGCGGAAUAUUUAUCUGAGGACGACAUAACUGGCCUUGAAAUAGCUGAAAUUCUUGACACGAUUUAUUUUUGGUUUGUUUCACUCUUCGUUGUUGUCGUUAAUUCUGUUUUUGGUUAUCUGGUUCUCAGAAUUGAGAUGCAAUAG